CCUCGAUCUAUCGUGCAGUUAGUUUUUUUCUUUAUAAUAUCAAAACAUAAACAAAUUUGAAUUCGUCACAGGCUGAGUAGUAUUUCGUUUUUAGUAGUGAACACUUUAUUAUCAAUGCCAAUGUCAACAUCUAGAAAGAUUCAGUUGAUACCGCGGAAAUUAAGUAAAUCAUCACGAAGAUGGUUUUUGGUCUAGUUCUCUCGUAGCAUACAAAAUAACUUCAGCUUCAUUGCAACUUGGCAAUCCUGUAUUGCACCUUUACCAUCACCAUCAAGCUGCGGCGCCAGGUCACUAUUAGACAAAAAGAUACUCAGUACAACAGCGCGUCAUCAGCGCCGAAGCCAAGUAUGUCGGUAGAGAGCGACGACUACUACGAAAUUCUCGGCGUGCCGAGGAAUUGCGAUGUGGCCGAAAUCAAGAAAGCCUACCGGGUAUGGGGCGAAUUAGAGCAGCUCAUCACCCUCUCAGGGUCGCUUUCUGGCAUGGCUCAAAAACGAUAGAUCCUUUGCGUGUAUCGUAGUUAUGCUAGCCCGAUCAAAUUUUUCGUUUUUAGUGCCUUCGGGAAGUCGAAGUUCACCUGCUCUUUGCAUGAACUGAAAUCGUAAAAACUUCUGAAUGGGAGAACAAGCCUAACGAAGGCACAACCUUGACGAGGUAGUACCUUUUUCGUUGCAUACACCAAGCUCGCCCUCAAGUACCAUCCCGACAAGAAUCCAGGUAUUUAAGGACAUUAGUUGUGACUUUUUGUUGUCGUGCAGAAGGUUCUACACUUAGUUCUUUUUGUCAUGAUGCGGAAGGGCGACGCAAUAGCGAUAGUCGUCGUCGUCGUCCACCGUUUCAUUAAUGGAAAAAUAUAUCCCCACUCACAGGCGACAAAGCCGCAGAAGAGGCAUUCAAGAAGGUUUCCGAGGCGUACGAAUGCCUCUCGAACCAGGAAAAACGAGCUAUGCAUCGCAAAAGUGCUAUCCGUCUUUUUUGCAUGAUGAUGAGUAUGAUUUUUUUCAAAACAAAACACUCCAUGCUUUGUAAAAAUUCGCUUUGGUUCAAGUAAGAACAUCAUACAACUAAAAUACGACGAUGAUACACUUUUGCGCUGGAUACGAGCCCACUACGACCGGUUUGGCAAGACAGAUGGUAUGCCGAGUAACGGCGGCGGUAUGGGCGGAACCGGUUUCGGGGGCGGGUUCGGACCCGGACAAGACAUGUUCGGUGGCCAGGACCCCUUUGCCUCGAUGUUCUUCGGCGGGCCCCGGCGGUCGGGCGCUGUAUGCAUUGGAAAUAUGUUUGGAGGGUCUGGAUGAGUGCAAGGUAUAGAUCCAUAGCCAUGCACGUUUUGCAUGACCCAUCGCCACCAUGUCUGUGAUGUAUGCUCUACUAGCAUCACAGAUUUUUUGAGGGCCUCUUGCUGCCUAUCCUACAGGAGAGAUGCCCUCUCCACGUAGCAAGAACUGGACUCCUCUUCGUUGCUUAUGCAAAAAUACAGUUUUCUUUAGAAUCCAGAGGCAGCAUCACAAGGUGCAGCACUUUUGCAGACCCAGAUAUUGUUGCAAUGCAUACGCCGCCACGGGGCAUGAGUUUGGGAUGGGCGACGCAUUUUCCGUAUCGUGUGUAAAAACGUAUCCGCCCUACAUUUGUCAUGCAAAUCAGGAUGUGUCUUUCUUUCUCUCAUGCGCAGGAGCAAGGAGAGAAGCCGAAAAAUACUACAUUUUCUAUUCGUUGUGUUGGGAUUUUUUGUCAUGCUUGUUCCAUCGAGAUGACGAGAUGUGCAGGCCUAAAGUUUUCAUGCGCAACGUUCAAAACUCCGCGAUUCGUCUUGCGGAACUCCUAAGCUUGACUUUAUUGUUGUAGGUUCGUUUUUGCACAUGAUAGUCCGUGUUCCGGGAAUUUUUCGGGGACGAAGAUCCCUUCGCCGAUUUUUUCGCCGACCACGCGCAAUUUCGCGGCUUUGGCGGCCCUCCGAUGGGGGGCAACGAGCGUCGACAGUCCCAGCGGCAGAGCCAGCGACAGAGCCGCAGACAAGAUCCGUUCGCGGACCCGUUUUUCGGUGGUGGGGACCCGUUCGGUAUAGAAGCUUUGACAAGAACAUCGCGAUAUGUUGUAAGAGAAUCCUUCCGAUGAAUCCGAAGUGUACUAUUAACAUGAAGUCAGCAUGAGAAAGUGGAAUUGAUUUUUUGGGCUUUUUUCUUUUAAUCUCGGUCGGGGGGCAAGGGUUUCAGGGUAGUGUUAAGGGUUUUGGGGAGGCAACUCAUAACUCCGUGUUUUCCUGUGUUUCCCGGUGGCGUUUGCGUGCCGUCACUAGAGCCCAGGCUCAGAUAAGUAGGCAGGAAGGGCAAGAAGAGGAGUCUUGCUUAGGACCUGCCAUUUCUAUGGCGCCUGUUCUGACGCAAGGAAGGGCAAGCAGAGGCGGCUUGUUUUGGACCUUGCGGUUGUGCGGAGGUUGAUUGGUGCAGUACGGAUGAGGAGGUAGUAUUGCGCCUUUCUGAAGCCAGGGCUGAUUGAAGGCUUCGGCUUUCCUUCUCUCAGGCAACUCCCCGAGCUCGUCGGUUCACAGCUAAGAAGGGUUUUGUUUCAUCGAGCUCCGAUGGUGAUAAGUUGAAACACUAUUCACCAGCCAUUUGCAAGCAGGAACAUAGAUAGUACGUUUAAACAGUUACUCGCUCGCCUAAAGAAGCGAGCACCCGAUUGAUUUUCUGGGACUGAAAUUCACGUUUUCAAUUCUAUUUUCCAGGUGGCAUGAUGGGCGGUGGCAUGAUGGGCGGUGGCAUGAUGGGCGGCGGGUCAUCAAUAUGGAAAGAAACGAACAGCUUUGACUGGAUUUUACUUCAGCUCUUGCAUGAUCACACAUAGCGUUUUCAUCUUGCCAUUACAUCACUGCUCUUGUACAGCGCUGCAUCAACUUCUACGUUCAAAACGGUCCGCUCGACCAUUUUUGAUGGCAUGAUGAGGGUGCAGGUGCGCGAGGUCAUAAGAAGUCACGAUUUUCAUGCGGUUCAUCACGGAUCAAACAGUAGUCCAAAGAAGUUCUCUCUUAUCGAGUUGCAUACCACUCGAUGUCCUUUUCCAGCAGCUUUGGUGGUGGCGGUAUCGCGCGAGAAAAACGUUUGUAGACAUGGUCACUUCUUGCGACGCAUCGUGUCUAAUCUCUAGAGCUUGAUGUCAUGGUAGAAACAAAGAUGGUGUAGUGCGUUCUAGUUUGCAUUGAUUUCAUUUCAAUUCUUGGCGGAGUGAUCAUACUUGUUGUCCUGGGUCGUUCAUCAGUGCGACGAGAAAGUAGUCAUGCUUUGUCUGAUUGCAGGCCUGUCCAGGGUCCCAAUCGCAAAGCACGGCGAGCAAGUUGUGUCUCAUCGAAACUGCAGGCCUUUUUCUCGCACCAUACCCUGCGGAUUUUCCGGAACCUCCCAGUCGCAGUCUCAGUCCAUGCGAACCGUGAAUGGCGUCACUGUGCGUACGACGACAAAAUCGGUGCAGCACGCCGAUGGAAGGCGGGAGGAAAGCGUGACGGAGGAGCAGCAACAGCCGGACGGCAGCUGGGUGGUGACCAACCAAAGCAACAGUGUAUGCAGGUUGCAAAAUAUAAUAAGUACUACAUUUCAAAACUUUGUGCCUUGAAACCCGCUCGCGCUGUGUUCGUAAAGAGAUCACGACUUGCAGUCUGUUGUAUGAAUGUGCAAAUGCAGCUACCACGACGAUGAUGGGCGGACUUGUUAUUGUUUUCAAGCAUAGGUAAGCACCUGAGCAUAGUGAUAGUACUUUUUGCAAAGUGCAUACACUGCCGGGCAGAGCCAAAUCGGCGGUGGUCAGACUCAAAACGCUCCACGACUUGGCUUUUGAAGGCCGACGAGAAACCAGCGCGACACUGGAACGUGUCAGAGGCAGGUACAGCCGUAGUUCAUCGGCAGGGUGGCGAAACAUCAGGCGGCGUGCUUACCUACCCAUGACGAAGGAAGAAAAUAAUGACGCACCAACGGCAUCGGGACGACCACGACCACGACGAAAGGGAGAAUGACGCUCCAUCCAACGUGGCGGCGGCGAACAACGGGCAGCUUUCUUGGACGAAAAUAAUUGCAACCCUCUUUCUGCUUUUUGCAGAUGGUUUGAAAUGGAUGCGGCAAACAAAUAAUGAAUCAAAUCGUCCACAUAUGGAUGCUACGACCGUUGAAAGGUGCCGUAUGAAGAGAAAAGGUUUAUUUCCAAAAACCAUUAUUUCGGCAAGAACGACGCGCGGUGUUUUUCUCCUUCGUGCGCAAGAAAAACCUCUCCUAGCGACACAAAAUGUACAAAAAGUUUAAAUUUGUUUGAACGAGCAGAUAG